UAACAUUAGCAAAAGCAUAAAUUACCAAAAUUUGAAAUAUUCGCUGAGUGAAGUCGGAAGUAGGAAGCAUUGCACUGUGGUUGCUGGAAGUGAGUGAACGGGUUUCAUUUCAAUUUCAAUUACAAUGGGUUCUUCAGUAGCAGGCAAUGGAGGCGGUGGUGUGGAGUGGCACGUGCGUCCUCCAAACCCUAAAAACCCAAUCGUUUUCUUCGAUGUCACCAUCGGUAACAUACCUGCUGGUAGAAUCAAAAUGGAACUCUUCGCUGAUAUUGCCCCCAAAACCGCUGAGAAUUUCAGGCAGUUCUGCACAGGAGAGUAUAGGAAAGCAGGACUGCCUAUUGGUUACAAGGGUUGCCAAUUUCAUAGAGUGAUUAAGGAUUUUAUGAUUCAGGCUGGUGAUUAUGUAAAGGGUGAUGGUAGUGGAUGUGCUUCGAUAUAUGGACUCAAGUUUGAUGAUGAAAAUUUCACUGCCAAACACACUGGACCUGGUCUUCUAUCAAUGGCAAAUAGUGGACCAAAUACCAAUGGUUGUCAGUUCUUUAUAACUUGUGCAAAAUGCGAUUGGCUGGACAACAAGCAUGUUGUUUUUGGGAGAGUGCUUGGAGAUGGUCUUUUGGUUGUGAGGAAGAUUGAGAAUGUUGCAACUGGACCCAAUAACCGGCCAAAACUAGCUUGUGUCAUUGCUGAAUGUGGUGAAAUGUAAAUUUUUAAAGUAACUUACAUGACAAACUAUAGUUCUCUAAAUUGAUUAAAUUGAAUCCCAUGUAACAAAUGUCAAAUUUUACACAGAUGUGGGCUUUCUAUACAACGAUAUUUCUUUGUGGUCAGUGAAACUAUAUCUUUGGUCUGUAAGACUUAUUAAUUAAUUACUAUGUCACGGAUUAGUUGAGUAGCACAGCUAAUUGAAUAAUCAUGUUCGGGAAUUGUGAAUGACCUUUACUAU